UAGCGGUGGCCGUUUCGUGCAAGCUGUAGCCUGUGGAAGGGAGUGUAUUAAGUACAUAAUGGCUUUCUCAGAUCCCAAUCCUAUAAAAGACCUGCAGGAAGAACUGACAUGUCCCAUUUGUCUCGACAACUUCAAUGAACCUGUAUCGAUCGAGUGUGGGCACAGCUUUUGUCGGCCUUGUAUUGUGCGCACGUGGAGAGGAAUUCACAGCAAUUUCCCGUGUCCUCAGUGCCGGAAGACCUCUAAGUGGAAAUUUCUGCGACCUAACCGUCUUGUGGAGAACAUGGUGGAAAUUACAAACCGUCUCCUUGUGGCUAAAAUCAAUGACGUUUAUGGAAAGACAUGCAAAAAGCAUCAGGAGCCAGUGAAGCUCUACUGCCAUGACGAUGAUCAAGAAAUCUGCUUGGUGUGUCGGGAGUCAGUGUUUCAUAAAACCCAUAACGUCAUUCCACUGGAAGAAGCAACAAGAGACUUUAAGGGCCAUCUAAAAGAAAAACUCCAGUCACUGAAAAGGGAGGUGGACAAUAUUGUUCAAAGCAAAUCUGAUGAGCAGCAAAAAUCCCAAAAUCUUCAGUGUUUAGUUGGCCAGAAACGUAGAGUGUUAGCUUCUGAAUUUGAGUGUCUACGCCAACUUCUGGCUGACCACGAGCGGGACCUCAAUGACCGACUGGAAAAGAUGGAGAAAACCAUUAUACAAAGAAGAAAUGAGAGCAUUACCAGAUUUAACGAGAAACUUGCUGCUCUCCAGAAGAGCAUUGCGGAUAUUGAAAAAAAUGGACUAUCCCCCUCUUGUCAGAAACAUCAGCCUAAACAAGAGCUCAAAAGCACAGUAAGCAGGCCUUCUCAUGAGCCCCAGUUUACGAACUGCUCAGUAAGUUCUACUUUGGAACGUUUAAAGAUGUACACAGUUUCUGUGACAUUGGACCAAAAAACAGCGAACCCAAAUCUCUUUGUUUCUGGAAAUCGAAAAUUGGUCCGAUAUGAAGAGUACCCAAGGGACGUUAUUCCAUAUCCUGAAAGAUUUGAUACGAAACCCUGUGUGCUGGGAAUUACGGGAUACAAAAUUGGGAAACGCUACUGGGAAGUAGAAGUGGGUGGCGGAAUAUACUGGAGUGUUGGGGUGGCAAAGCAGUCUGUGUGCAGGAAAGGAUUCUUUAAGAUUGAUCCUCAUGGAGGCAUUUGGGCAAUUGGGUUACUUGGCAUGUAUGCUGACUGCUAUUAUGCGUUCACUAACCCUGAUAUUCUCUUAUAUCCUAGAGAGCACCCUGUUAGGAUUGGUGUACUUUUGAAUUGUGAAGAACAUUAUAUUUCAUUUUAUAACGCUGACACCAUGGAGCUCCUUCACACAUUUGCAUCUGUGCAGUCAGCAGACAAAUUAUUCCCGUUUUUCUGUGUCGGUGCUAUGGGAACAGAGGUUCGACUUGACUAGCUAGUUUUGAGGAAAGCAAUAAUAAAUAUUUCUACCAUUUUAGUGCCAUUUAUCGAGGAGAGUAAUAGAAUGCAAAACAUUCCUGAAAGUCGAACUUUCCUACAAUUCUCUAAAUAUGAAAAGCUUAG